AUGUGGACAAUUGUUGGGGUGGCGGACGUGCCGCCGGCGCCGUGGAAGAAUGGCGGCGGCGUGACACGGCAGCUCGUCGCGUGGCCAGUCGGUGUGCCGGAAUGGACAAUUCGUGUCAGCAUUGCCGACGUCGAGCAAGACGGACCGUUCUCGUCCUUUGAAGGCAUCCGGCGAUGGUUUGGGAUCUUGGAAGGCGUUGGGGUCAAUCUAUUCGGGUCAAUGGACAUCGUCGUGGGGGACCCCUUGUACGAAUUUGAUGGUGGGUUGGCACCAUCCUGUACACUCCUCGAAGGGCACAACGUUCGCGAUUUCAAUGUUAUGCUACGGGAAGCUCCAGGCCGACACUUGUCCGUGGUGGACGCCAAGGUUACGCCCAACUUGGCAGUCGACGCAUCCACGCAAUGGGUGGGACUCUUUUCAGUGGACGGAGGAUCUUUGGCCCAACGAAGUGAUGGUGCGGUGGAAAAAGAGAUAGCGGUGCCUAAAAUGGGCUUGGCGUGGCUCGACCAGGUCGGCCAACCUUUGGAACUUCAUGCGAAUCCGGUCGAAGGCCGUGGCGUCGCGUACUGGUUGCUCUUGACAUAAACCUCGUUCAUAUAAGCAUCAGUACCUUUACUAUGCGGU